CCCUCCCGCUGCGCGUGCGCGCGCCCAGGCGGCGCGAGGUCAGGGCCGGGGGAUGUUACUCCGGCUGGUGGGGGCGGCGGGCAGUCGGGCCCUGGCCUGGCCUUUCUUCAAGCUGUGGCAAUGUGGCGGAUGUGCAGGAAGCGGCGGGACAGUCUGGAGCAGCGUGCGGGCCUGUGGCAUUGUUCUGCAGGGUCGUCUGGGGAGAUGCUCGAAGCAGCUGGCUCUGCAGGGAAGACUGACUUCAUUUUCCCCGAGCCUGUACUCAAAACCUCCCAAAGGGUUUGAGAAGUUUUUUAAGAAUAAGAAGAACAGAAAAAGUGCAAGCCCAGGAAAUUCAGUAGCUCCAAACAAAGAGCCAAAGAAUUCUGGCCCUGGAGGAGAUGGAGGCCACAGAGGAGGGAAGGGAGAUGACUUCACCUGGUGGAAACGGAUGCAGAAGGGAGAGUUUCCUUGGGACGACAAAGACUUCCGGAGUCUGGCUGUUUUGGGAGCCGGUGUGGCCUCGGGAUUUUUGUAUUUCUAUUUCCGAGAUCCUGGAAAGGAGAUCACCUGGAAACACUUUGUGCAGUAUUACCUGGCCCGAGGUCUGGUGGAUCGGCUGGAGGUUGUGAACAAGCAGUUUGUUCGAGUCAUUCCAGUUCCUGGGACCACAUCUGAGAAGUUCGUGUGGUUUAACAUUGGUAGUGUUGACACCUUUGAACGGAACCUUGAGUCCGCCCAGUGGGAGCUGGGCGUUGAGCCCACCAACCAGGUCUCGGUGGUUUACACAACUGAGAGCGAUGGCACCCUUCUUAGAAGUCUCGUGCCCACUCUGGUCCUGGUCGGCAUCCUUCUCUAUGCUAUGAAGAGGGGUCCAAUGGGGACUGGCCGCGGUGGGCGAGGAGGAGGCCUCUUCAGUGUUGGCGAGACAACAGCCAAGAUCUUAAAGAACAACAUCGAUGUGCGGUUUGCAGAUGUGGCUGGCUGUGAAGAAGCCAAACUGGAAAUUAUGGAGUUUGUGAAUUUCCUGAAGAACCCAAAGCAGUAUCAGGAUUUAGGAGCCAAAAUCCCAAAGGGAGCAAUGCUCACUGGUCCUCCUGGUACUGGCAAAACACUUCUUGCAAAGGCAACUGCUGGGGAGGCCAAGGUGCCCUUCAUCACUGUGAAUGGGUCGGAGUUCCUGGAAAUGUUCGUUGGUGUUGGGCCAGCACGGGUUCGUGACAUGUUUGCGAUGGCUCGAAAACACGCUCCUUGUAUUUUAUUCAUUGAUGAGAUUGAUGCAAUUGGCAGGAAGCGAGGCCGUGGCCACCUGGGAGGCCAGAGUGAGCAGGAAAACACAUUAAACCAGAUGCUUGUAGAGAUGGAUGGGUUCAACUCUACCACUAAUGUGGUAGUGUUAGCCGGCACCAAUCGCCCUGAUAUCCUUGACCCAGCCCUGACACGGCCUGGCCGGUUUGACCGCCAGAUCUACAUCGGCCCCCCUGAUAUCAAAGGCAGGUCCUCUAUCUUCAAGGUCCACUUGCGUCCACUCAAGCUGGAUGAAAACCUCACCAGGGACGCUCUUUCGAGGAAGCUGGCAGCUCUAACUCCAGGCUUCACUGGUGCUGACAUUUCCAACGUGUGCAAUGAAGCAGCCCUGAUUGCUGCCCGCCAUCUCAGCCCCUCUGUCCAGGAGCGGCACUUUGAGCAAGCCAUCGAGAGGGUCAUUGGAGGCCUUGAGAAGAAGACCCAGGUCCUACAACCCAGUGAAAAGACAACUGUAGCCUACCACGAGGCGGGGCACGCAGUGGUGGGCUGGUUCUUGGAGCAUGCAGACCCUCUGCUGAAGGUAUCCAUCAUACCUCGGGGCAAGGGGCUGGGCUAUGCGCAGUACCUUCCCCGUGAGCAGUACCUCUACACCCGCGAGCAGCUCUUCGACCGCAUGUGCAUGAUGCUGGGGGGCAGGGUGGCCGAGCAGCUGUUCUUUGGUCAGAUCACCACAGGGGCUCAGGAUGAUCUGAGGAAGGUCACCCAGAGUGCCUAUGCCCAGAUUGUGCAGUUCGGAAUGAGUGAGAAACUGGGCCAGGUAUCCUUUGACCUCCCCAGACAAGGCGAGACCAUGGUGGAGAAGCCGUACAGUGAGGCCACUGCCCAGCUCAUUGAUGAAGAGGUGCGGUGCCUUGUCAGGUCUGCCUAUAAUCGGACCCUGGAGCUGCUUACACAGUGCCGGGAGCAGGUGGAGAAGGUUGGCAGGCGACUGCUGGAGAAAGAAGUGCUGGAGAAAGCCGACAUGAUAGAGCUCCUGGGCCCCCGGCCCUUUGCAGAGAAGUCCACCUAUGAGGAAUUUGUAGAGGGCACCGGCAGUCUAGAGGAGGACACAUCCCUUCCUGAGGGGCUGAAAGACUGGAAUCAGGGGCGGGAGGAACAAGGCACUGAGCACCGCUUGCAGGAGAGCCCUGCGUAGCCUGUGGCCAUCAGUGGUGGCUGUGACCACUGAUGACUGGGAGCUGCUCAGCCUUGGCAGAGCAGUGUCAGAGUAACUGAAAAACCAAUUAAAACAGGUGACAACUGCAAACAGACGUUUCAGAGAAGCCCAUUCAAAACCCACAGAAAGGAAGAUAGGACCUGGCAUCCAGCCGGGAAGAUAGCUGAGGGAGCAAAGGUGUGGCCUGAGACCAUAGGCCCUGGACCUGGAGGCGGCCAGUUCAGACAGGAGAGGAAGCUGGACUCUGGCUUCUGUGAAGCCCUGAGUGAUGUCUGUUGUGGGGAUUCCAUGGGUAGAGCCAUGAGGAGCUCCAUCGUGCUUUCAGUAGACACAACCUGUUUAGUUCCCAGGUGUGCCUCUCACAGCUUGUCUCUGAGGUAACUGCUCAUGGGACGAGCCUUGACCCAGCACAGAUAAAGUUUGGUGAAGACGUAAAGAAAAAUGCAAGCUAAGUGACAAAGGAAGGCCAGUCCGUAAGCUAACUGACCAGUCCUUAGGAAGGAAAGCCAGCACACCAGCGGUGUGUGGUUGAGCACAGGGAGCGUGGCCAUCCCGGCCUGGGGCAGCAUCAGAAAUUGUUUCGUCAGUCAGACCUGGCGUCUAGCCUUAGGAUUAGUCUGCCUCACUGAUGGAGCGUCCAUCUUAACAACAGUCCUUUCUCUCUCCAGCAUCCAUGCACCCCUCCCCCUUUUUUGAACCAUGGAAGGGUUGUUUUGGGUUGAGCCCUCUGGCUCAGCUGAGUGCAUACCAGCCCUGUUGUUCUAGGUCAGCUCUUGAGUAAAGGAAGCGCUUUGUGAACUCCAA